AUGUUCAAGCCCCUCGCCCUCGCUGCUGCCGUUGUUACGGCCGUCUCUGCCGCAGUCGUUCCUCGCGCGACCGUGGCGACUACUAUUGGCGCUGUCCAGACUGGCGGCUACGCCACCUACUACUACCAGUACGGCGGCUACGGCGCUUGCGGCAGCAUCAACCCCGACAGCGCGAUCAUCGUAGCUCUUCAGUCCCAGCGCUACGACUCUUCGCUCUGCGGUCAGACCGUGUCCAUCACGAACUCGAACAAUGGCAUCACUAUCCAAGCCACCAUUGCCGACAAUUGCCCCGGGUGCGGCGGUAACGCCAACUCGCUCGACCUCUCGGUCGGCGCGUGGACCGCCAUCGGCCGGUCUGAGGCGGACGGCUCGCAGGUGCCCAUCACCUGGACCCUCAUCAACUGA